AUGUCUGACGCCGACAGCCUGCCUCCGCUGGAAGGGGCCUCCUCAGACGAGGACAACGCUCUUGCUGAGGAUGUACCCAGUGUAGAAGGUGCUGCGGCCGCCAGCGGGGCCAACGGUGCUGCACCCACGGGAGGGGGUGCGCGCGCCGCCACAGCCCACUUUGGCGUGGCACCUGAGAGCGACGCGGGGGCCGUGAACAGGGCGCCAGGCGGCGGCAGCGGCAGCGGCAGCGGCGGCGCCGGCGCCGGCGCCGGCGGCAGGCCUAGCGGCAGCGCUAGCAGCCAGGACCCGCUCCUGCAGCGGCCUUGCCCCAUCUGGCGCGUUCCAGAGGGCGCCGACGGCGCCUCUGCGGCGCCCGAUCCCGACUCUCUGCCAGACCCCUCCCCGAACCGCCUCGGGCGGCCGCCAUGGGUGCUGCCGGGCGGCGGCGUGCCGCUGAUGUUUGGCGGCGCAGGCGCGCCGGCGGGCGGCGCGGUGACUUUCCAGCUGCCGCAGUCACUCGCAGACGCCCUGGGCGGCGCCAUGCGCAUCAACCUCGGCGCAGGGGUCAACUUGUCGAUACAGAUGACAGGCGUUGGGCCCAACGGCCUCCACCUGGGCGUCCCGGCCGGCAUGGCCGGCACGGCUGGCGGCCAGGGCGGGCCGGGCGGAGGCGGCGGCGGGGCCGCCAACUUGCCAGAGCAGCCACUGUUCAUGGCGCCCGCGCAGCGCGGCCCCGGCGGCGUCGUGAGGCCGCCGCCGGCCGCGGCGUUCGGCGCGGGCAGCACGCAAGGGGCGCAGGUGGAGUGGGGCGAGUUGGGCAGGCUUUUUGAGCAAAUGCUGGCCACUGAGCCAGCACUCGGCGGCCAGCCGGGCGCAGCGGGGCAGGGGCCGUCGCAGCAGGCGGCGCAGCAGGCGCACAGCCUCCGGGAGCAGCAGGCGGCGCGGCGCGUUCUGGAGCAAGAGGCCGCGCUGCAGGCGCAGGAGCGCGCGGCGGCGGCGCGGCGGGCGGCGCGGCGGCACGGGCGGGCGUCGAGGCAGCUGGCGGAGGCGCGGCGCGAGCUGGAGGGUCUCUUGCUGGACGGGGCCCAACCAGGAGGCCGGCAGGGCCACGGCGCCGCGCCUGCGUCGGCGACGCCGGCCAGGGCUAGCGCUGCAGCAGCAGCGGAUCCUGUUGCAGGCGCCGGCGGCGCGGGCGGCGGUGCGUCGGCGGCGGCGGCCGGCGCCGCGCGGCUGGCGCAGGCGCGGCGGCUGCCUAGCAGCUUCAACCCCUAUCUGCUGGGCUUGGCGUGGGGGGCCAGCGAGGACGAGGGCGACGAGCAGCAGCAACAGCAGCAGCAGCAGCUGCAGCAGCAGCAGCAGCAGCUGCAGCAGCAGCAGCAGCACCAGCAGCAGCACCAGCACCAGCACCAGCAGCACCAGAUUCAGCUCGCCGGCCCGGUCAGCCUGCAGGGUGCCAGUCCAGUGGCGGCACGUUCAGUUGAAACGGUGGUGGCUGCUCCCGAGGGCCUUCCGCCACCGCCGUCGGGCGCUGACGAAGACACACAAAGCAGCCGCCCCCCGCCCGCCAGCCGCCCUUCCAGCGACGACGAGGGUGACAUGCCGCCGCUGGGCAGCAGCGAGAGCAGCGACGGUGGGCUGCCGCCGCUUGAUGACGCGUCCGACAGCGACGACGGGCUCAGCGGCCUGCAGCUGGACAGUGACCCCGGGAGUGAGGUGUCGGAUGGGCCCCCGCCGCUGGCGGAGUCUUCGGCGUCCGAAGAUGCGGAGGGCGAGGACGGCAGCUUCUUCACGGAGGACGCUGACGAGGACCACGCGUCUGACGAGGACGAGGACGAGGAUUACUACACCAAUGACGGGGACGAGGACGGGAGCGAGGAGGAGGAUGAGGAGGAGGAUGAGGAUGAGGAAGGGGAGUGGAUGUACGAUUCGGAUGAGGAGCGCGCGGCAGCGGCGCCGCAGCAGGCGGCAGCACCCGCUGGCCUCUCCGGGCUGCACCAGCUUGUCGAGUCGCUGCAGGGCCAGCUGGCGGGGGCGGCGCGGGCGCCGGGGCUGCCCGGGCAGGUGGCGGUGCAGCACGUGCCCGGCGGCGUGGUGCUGCAUUUUGGCAUGCCGCUGGGCGCCGGCGGCGGCGCGGCUGCGGGGGGCACGCCGGCCGGGGCGGGCGCAGGCGCGCCCGCGGCGGCGUCGCCGGGGCGGCGUGUGCACCUGACGGCACGGCGCACGGGGGGCACGCGCGCCGCGGCCGCAGGGGUUGCGAGCGGCGCCGCGGCUCAGCAGGAGCAGGUGCUGCAGCUGCUGCGGAUGCAGGUGCAGCAGCACGAGCAGCAGCAGCUCCAGCAGCAGCAGCAGCAGCAGCAGCAGCGGCGCGUCUCCCUGGACGAUAUGCCCCCCCUCGCGUCCGACGACAGCGCCGACGGCAUGCCCGGCCUCCUUGCCACUGAGGAAGGGGACGACGACCCCUGGGGGCCGCCCCAGGGCCCCUCAGAUCACCGUGGCGGCGGCAGCGACGACGACGAGGACGCGCCGGGCCUGAUCGCGACGUCCGAGGGUGAGGACGGCGCCGCGGCGGCCUGGGGUCCCGGCGGCGGCGGGGGCGGCGGCGGCGGCGCUGAGGGCGGCGGCAGCCAGAUGGACGUGUCGGAGGGGAUGCCGGGACUAGGCAGCGGGCUGUCGUGGUCGGGGUCGGGCCAGGACGGGCACACGGAUGAGGUGGAGGAGGACAAGGGGGACGAGGCGGGGCGUGAGGGGGACGGCGGCAGCGGGUGGGCCCGCGAGGAGCGCGAGCGCAAGCGGCGGCGGCAGGGCGCGGCGAGCGCGGAUGGGGACGCGGGCGGCGACGGCGGCGGCGGCGGCGGCGGCGGCGACGACGGGGGCAGCAGCGGCAGCUGGGAGACGGCGGCGUCGGGCGAGGCGCGCGGGAGCGGCGGAGAGGGCGAGGCCGAGGCGCCGCCGGCGGCGCCGGCACCGACGCCGCCCAGGGCGGCGGGGGCGCGCGGCGGAGCCGCCGCCGCGGGGGCCUCCGGGCACCAACCUGCGGGCGGCGGCCUGAGGCUGCAGCGCGGGUUCCUGUUGCCGCACACCUCCGCCUCCUCCUCAGCCUCUACACCCAAGCCCCCACCCAAGCCCGCACCUGCGGCUGCGGCCGUCCCGCCUGCCGCGCCCGCAGGGCCGAAGGGCCUGCCCGCGCUCGCGCCGGCGCGCGCGCCGACGGUGCGCGAACUGAAGCGGCGGCGCGCCGCGCGCGUGCAGGGGCUGCUGAGGGACGGCGCGUACGUGAAGCAGCUGCUGCAGGGCAUGGAGGGCGUGGACCCGAAGAGCGCAGUGGUCUGGCGCGUGGCGACGCUGCUGGGCGCGGGGCCGAUCACGGGGCGGCCUGCGGUGGCGCUGCCGCCGGCGCUAGCGGCGCUCGACAAUUAUUGGGCGGAAACGGCGGAUUGA